AUGGCUCUCACGGUUACCCAGCUCAACGGCGAUACCACCAUCCUCCUCACCUUCUGUCCAGCUUUUGCGCCAGAGCAAAAUGACAAGCGGACACGAUUCCCAGGCGACUAUACCAUCCUGAUCGAUCCAUGGCUGAGCGGACAGUCGUCCAUCCUGCAUCCGACGUUUCAGGUCUCGCAGCACACGGUCGAGCCAGCGAUCGCGAGUAUAAAUGAUAUCAAGGAGCACAUCGACCUGAUCAUCAUCAGUCAAGACAAGCCGGACCACUGCCACAAGGAGACGCUGUGCUCGCUGUCGAAGAAGAAGCAAGUCAACAUCAUAGCAACGCCAGCUGCUGCGAAGAAGAUACGGUCAUGGGGGCACUUCAACCCACGACGAGUGCUCGCCAUGGAUCCAUACAAAGCAGACCGACCUGAAACGGUCGUGAGGAUCCCACUACCGGCAUACACCUCCACCAGCGCGAGCGGCGAGAUCACCAUCGCCAACAUCGCUACCAAGCGCGACGUGACCGGCCUCCACAACGCCAUCGGCAUCACCUACCAACCACCCAGCAGCGUCUUCACCAUGAACACGCAAUGGGAGCGCUACGAACAAGGCACCACCGUCCAGCUGUCUACCAACGGCAUCUCGCGCCCUCAAACCCCCGCCCAACGUCCCCGAACCGGCAGCGACACCCUCCCACCACCCACGGACAAAAAACUUCUCCGCAAAUCCGUCAGCUUCCCCUACCUCCCCCAGCAAACCCCUCCAACCCCCGCCCCUCCCCUCCCACCCCUCCCAGCCCCUCACCACCAACGCGCCGACUCCGGCAUCGCCAACCCAACCCCAGCCCCGAACACCGAACCCCUCCUCUCCCUCCUCUACACCCCCCACGGCAUCACCCCGCACACCCUCGCACCCUACCACACCACGCACCUCCGCUCCCUCCCCCUCACCGCCCUCUUUCACAGCAUGAACACGGAGGAAAACCCGUGGUUCAUGGGCGGACGCGUCGCGGGCGGCGCGCCCGGAGGCGUGGAGCUGGCGAAGGCGGUGCGGGCGAGGGAGUGGUUUGGGGCGCAUGAUGAGGAGAAGGAUAAUAGGGGGUUGGCGACGGUUUGGAUAAAGAGUCGGAGGUUUGGGGUUGAGGAGGUGAGGGGGAUGUUGGAGGAGAAAGGGUUGGCGGGGACGAGGGUUUGGAGGUUGGGGUGUGGGGAGAGGGUGAGGGUUGGGGUUGCGUAG